CCACCCCCAGCUCCAGCCCCGAAGCGGCAGGAGGGCAAUGCCCCGAGCCCUGGGCUGGGCUCAGCCAGUCCCAGCCCCUCGGAAGGCGGAAAUCCCCGUCGGAGGAGGGGGAAGCGGAAUGGUCUGAGCCGGGCUAGACUGAAAGGCAUAGAGCGGCUCAGGCAGCUGCAGCGAUGAAUCGACGCGGUUCUGGAUUUCUGUUACUGUUCCUUCACAUCCUGAGAGCUGUUACUGCACUGGAGAAGAUUGUCAGUAAACCUGGGGACAAUGUUACACUGAGUUGCAUUUAUGCUGGAAGAGAAUUCAGCUUAGACAGUCUGCGAAUAUACUGGCAAAUAGAUGGUGAUGAAGAUACAAAGUCGUGUUCAGUAGUGCAUGCACUGAUCUCUGGUCAAGACAACGAAAGCCUGCAGUGCAGUCAGUUUAAAAACAGGACUCAGCUAUUAUGGGAUAAACUAGGAGAUGGCAAUUUUUCCCUACUACUAUUUAAUGUCAGACAAGGGGAUGAGCAUACGUACAAAUGUGUAGUGAUGCAGACAGUUGAAUAUACCAGUGUGAUUCACCAGGAGCAAGUGGUUCUAAGCCUAGCAGCUAGUUACAGCCAACCAAUACUCAGUGGGCCGAAAAGAAACAGUUACAGCACUGGAGAAGAGGUGACUUUCAGCUGCAGAUCUGACAAUGGGUACCCUGAACCAAAUGUUUAUUGGAUAAAUAGAACAGACAACACACUCCUGUCUCAGUCAGAUUUUAAUAUCGCCCAACAUCCCGACGGCACUUACAGUGUUUUGAGCACAUUGAAGGUUAAUGCAACUUCUGAUAUGCAAAUAGAGUGCUUCAUAGAAAAUAAAAUACUGCAGGAAAACACAUCUGCCAACUACUCAGAGGAGUUGCAAAGCAAUGGUACUAGCACAGGAAGUCAUAAAGAAACGGCAAAAAGUGGACAAGGUGCUCAAGCAGCUGCAAUUUUGUCAGUUGUCGUUCUGAUGGCUCUUCUGACUGUACUAAUCUGCUGGCUACGGAGACGGAAGUCCUCUCAACUAGUGUCAUACACAGCACCUAUUUAAAUAUCUAAAGGAAAUGUCUGACAACAACUCGGGCAGCUGGAGGUGCAUCAAGAGGAGCAUCACCCCUUGUCUCAGCAGCAGCAUUGCUUGUAAUACAAGCGACAGGUUCCUGCAGGGUGUGCCAAGACUGAUGGCAAAAAAAGCUUCUCCAGCAGAAGAAAAAACAAAAUCCAUUGGAUUUCUGUUCUGACCAAGAACUUCCUCUCAACACCUGCUCACUUCUUUGGAUGGUUUUCAUUGAUAGUAUGCCAGUGUUUUGAGCUUACAAUGGGGAAGAACAGUGAGCCUGGCACUUAAUACAGCUACUCAGUUCUAGAGUCUCUCACCAUCACCACUGAGGAAUUUGGGUACGAGUAGCCAUGUUUCAGAAGCAUGGGAAGUUCUGUUUCCUCCUUACGCUGGCAAUGACUACUGAAUGUGAAGAGGCAGCUAAAAAUGAGGAGGAAAAGAACCAGACUUUCUAUGAAAUGAGAUUUGUAACUUUUUCCACCUUUCUCUACAUACAGUACAUUCUGUCACAGCCUGGUUUUACCAGCUACAUGUUACUAUGUACAGAAUGAGCUAGAAUAUCUUGACCUGGACCUAAUGAAACAGGUUUUGCCAUGACCAGGUUAAGCACUGGAUGCGCGAACAAAAAUAAAUCUCCUUUAAAGGCACUUGAUAUUAAAAAAAUAUUCCUUACUGAAUAUUCUGCCAAAAAGGAGACUUCAGCUUUCUACAGAAGCUGUUGCUUACUGUAUGAAAGAACAACCUGUGGAAAACAGAUUAAAAACAGUGCUCUCUCUUAUGUUGAUGUCAGGUUACCUUGACAUAUCUCUGGAUGCAACAAAAAUCCAUAUACAGAUUCUGUUCAAUUCAACUUGUCUUUAUUUAAGGCCAGCAGCACCCAGGGAGAAUUUUGAACUGAUUUAUUUUUUUAAUGCCUCUUCUUGUCUCAUCCUUUCACCAAAGAAAAAAGAGCAUGAAGCAAUCGGUAUGUUAACUAUGAACGUUCUUGACGUGAUGAUGGCUAAAGGAAUGAAAGGGAAGGAAAGCAAAGAACUGCAUUUUCUUCCAUGCGCCAUCAUCCAUGCCUGACUGGUUCAGCCCUGAUUGAGCCAGCAAAUAGAUAAAGAUAGCAAACAGUAAAUGUGAUGGGUAGCCUAAGAUUUUGGAAGAGAAUGUAUUAGUUCUUUUCUGUUGGGGUGGGUGGUAGUAAUGAUUUUAAUAUCUCCUGCAGCAGUUGCUAGGCUAAAAUUCUACUAUGUCUGUAAGAUGGCCUUGUUUGUCCCAGCUCCAUGUAGAGAAGGCUGUCCAGCAUCAUCCAUGAGUUAGGAAGUUUUUGUUUGUUUUUAAUCCUUGUGAAGCUAAUAUAUAUAUUUAUAUCUUUUUCUCCCUUUGUGCAAAACCCAGACGCAUUUAUUUGGUGACGCUUGUGUUGAAGCAAUACCCCUAUGUGAGCUCAGAGUUGGCUGUGUGCCACCACUGUCAGUAUUAUGUGGGAGUCCCACGGGCUCAACCUUUAUGACGUUCAAGGGAAGGAAAAGUACAGCUCUCACUUGGUGCAAUCUGGACUCACUCCCCAGUUUGAGUAGGAUAGAAAAACUUUUAAAAAGUAAUUAUAAAAUCCAUGCUACAACUAAAUAAUUAAACUCAUGUCUCCUGUUUUGGCUGCAAGUAACUGUGUACGAUAGUGUUUUAAAGACAUUUUAUCUAUGAAUAUCUAUGAAAAGCAUUGGAUAUUUUUUUUAACUUUUAAUGUCUGUGAAAGCUGUUCUUUUAUUUAUUAAUUCCACUUUGCCACUUUGUCUUCCAAUUUCCAACCAUAACAUAUCCUAUCAGGUAGGACAUUUAGCCCACGAUAUGUGUCAAUAACUUAAAGCAUGUCUGUAAUCUUAAGUGUCCACUUUUCCUCAUCUUAUCUCUUGUCCAUUAAUCUAAGUGUACACUUUCUUCUGAGCCCACAUCUAGUCUUCAGGCAAAAUCUAUUCAGUGUUUGCUGAAGAGAGAAUGCAAGCUUGCAGACACCUUUGAAACAUCACUGCCAUCUGCACAGAUGUGAAGGGCAACCAUUUCCUGGUGGUUCAGUGAGCCAUUUUCUCACUCUCUGUCCUGUGAAGUCGUUUUGUGUAACCUCUUUAGUGCCACCGUAACUGACAGAAGCCUUCUAUAAAAACAGUUUUCCUCCUUUGUAUUCUACCAGAACAAAAAACUGCAGUGCUUUGGAGAUGUAAGGGGGUGACCUAGCAAUCGCUCCACAGUAUGCUGUUGAGAAAAUUUAUACCAGAGAAGUUCUUACUUCUGGUUUUACUUCAUGAUACAUAGUGAAUACAUCUAAACGCAACAGCUUGCUCUUGCAGAAUCCAUACUUUCAACUGCUUUAAGUUUCCAGCUGUUUUUGAAGGCAAGAAAAUCCUAGACAACGGCUGUUUGUUACUUGGAAAUCCUGUAAUAACAGUUUGUCAUCACAUACUAUGUUUAUAUUUUAAAUAAAAACCUAUUAAUACUUCU